AUGCACCGCCAUGGCGUCGUCUACCGAGGCCUUGCCUCGUGGGUCAACCCGGAGAACGUGCCGCAGGGCGAGAGCCUCGCCAAGUACGGCCGCGACCUCACCGUCAUGGCCCGCGACGGCAAGCUGGACCCGGUCAUUGGCCGCGAAGACGAGAUCCGCCGUGCGGUGCAGGUGCUCUCGCGCCGGACCAAGAACAACCCGGUUUUGAUCGGCGAGCCCGGUGUUGGCAAGACUGCGAUCGCCGAGGGCCUUGCGCAGCGGAUUGCGUCCGGCGAGGUGCCCGAGAGCAUGAAGAAGAAGAGCGUCGUCGCGCUCGACUUGGCCGCGCUCGUUGCCGGCGCCAAGUUUCGCGGCGAGUUUGAAGAGCGCCUCAAGGGCGUGCUCAAGGACGUCGAAGGCAGCAACGGCGACGUCAUUUUGUUCAUUGACGAACUGCACAUGCUCAUGGGCGCGGGCGGUGGCGACGGCACGAUGGACGCGGCCAACAUGCUCAAGCCUGCGCUCGCUCGCGGGUCGCUUCACUGCAUGGGCGCCACGACGCUCGACGAAUACCGCAAGUACAUUGAGAAGGAUGCGGCGCUGGCUCGCCGGUUCCAGUCGGUGCUGGUCACCGAGCCGUCGGUCGAAGCGACGGUCACGAUCCUGCGCGGCCUCAAGGAGAAGUACGAGGUGCACCACGGCGUCCGCAUCGCCGACAACGCGCUCGUCCAGGCCGCGCACCUCGCCCAUCGGUACAUUGCUGACCGCAAGAUGCCCGACAAGGCCAUCGACCUCGUCGACGAAGCAGCGUCGCGCCUGCGCCUCGAGCAAGAGUCCAAACCGGAAGCCAUCGAGCACCUCGAGCGCCGCAUCAUCAUGCGCAAGAUCGAGAAGGAAGCGUUGCGCCACGAAGACGACGCGGCGUCGACCAAGCAAAAGGCGAUCGUUGACGCGGACCUCGCCGCGAUGGAAGGCGAGCUCGCCGAGCUCACGACCGAGUGGCAAGAAGAGAAGACGCGCCUCGACAGCCUCAAGUCGACCAAGAAGCGGCUCGAGGAAGCCCGUCGCGAGCUUGAAAUGGCCCAGCGCCGCGGCGACUUUGCCCGCGCCGGGGAGCUCAAGCACGGCGUGAUUCCGCGCCUCGAAGCCGAGUCGGAGGCCGACGACGUGGCCGAAGCCGAGGUGUCGCCGUCCAACCCGAAGCUACUGCUUGGCGACGCCGUCACGGCCGACCACAUUGCGGCCGUGGUGGCCAAAGCCACGGGCAUUCCAAAGAAGCGGCUGCUGGAGAUGGAAGCGUCGCUGGGCGCGCGCGUGGUUGGCCAAGCCGACGCGGUGACCGCGGUCAGCGACUGCAUUCGGCUCGCGCGCGCCGGUCUCCACUCGCACACGCGGCCGCUCGGCGUCUUUCUCUUCCUCGGGCCCACCGGCGUCGGCAAGACGGAGCUGACGAAAGCGCUGGUCGAGUUUCUCUUCCAGGACCCGUCGGCGCUCACGCGCAUCGACAUGUCCGAGUACAUGGAGAAGCACUCGGUGUCGCGGCUCAUUGGCGCGCCGCCCGGCUACGUUGGCUACGAAGAAGGCGGCGCGCUCACCGAGGCCGUGCGCCGGCGGCCGUACCAAGUCGUGCUCUUUGACGAGUUUGAGAAAGCCCAUCGGGACGUGUCCAACCUCCUCCUGCAAGUGUUUGACGAAGGCCGCCUCACCGACUCGCAAGGGCGCCUCGUGGACUUUCGGAACACCGUCAUCAUUUGCACGAGCAACCUCGGGUCGGAGCUGCUGGCAACCUUGCCCGAGGGUGCCCCGAGCGUCGAUGCGGAAGCCGACGUCCUCCAUGUGGUCCGACAGCACUACGCACCAGAGUUUUUGAACCGGAUCGACGAGACCGUGCUCUUCAACCGCCUUGGGCGCAGUCAGAUUCGGUCGAUUGUCGACUUGCAGCUGAACGAAGUGCGCGGGCUCCUCGAAGAACGCGAGCUCUCGCUCGUUGUCUCGGACGACGCCAAGCAGUGGCUCGCGGACGAAGGGUACAGUCCCAUGUACGGCGCGCGCCCGCUCAAGCGCGUGAUCCACAAGCACGUGCUCACGCCGCUCUCGAAGCGCAUCUUGGUGGGCAGCUACAAGGCCGGCGACACCGUCCGCGUCACGACCAAGAAGGCGGUGGAUUCGGGUAUCGAGGCCCUCGUGUUUGAGUAG